AUGAUAAAUAAAUAUUCAACACAAACUAAUAAUUAUCAAGAUGAAAGAUUACAUAUUAUUCGUUCAAUCGUUGAUGAAUUGUAUCGAAUUAAUAAUCAAGAAAUUUUAUUAAAUGAUGAACAAAAAGAAAAACGUGUUCGUUUUACUCGUAAACAAGAAAUAGAUAAAAUUGAGUGUAAUAUUUCUACAAAUGAACUUCCUUCUCUUCAAUGUGAAUGUGCAACACAAACAAUAGAUAUGACACAUAAUGAACUUGAUCGUAAUCGAUCAACAUGGAUUUGUUCUAAAAUAAUGGAUAGUAAUCAAUCAUUAUAUUCUUGUGGAAAUAAUGAAAUCCUGUCAUCAUUAAGUACAGCUCAUCAGCUGGUAUUGCCAUCGAAAGCAAAACAUUAUGAUAUAUGCCAAGAACAUAUAGUAGAAAAUGAUUAUAUGUUAUUUAAUUCUGAAAGUGAUACUUGUAAUUCAUCAUUUAAAUCAAAUAGAAAACUAUCAAAUGAAACAAAUAAUAAUUUUUAUACAUGUUUAAAACGAAAACUAUCCAAUAAUGAUUGUUGUUCGACAGUAAAAUAUAGUUCUUUUAAUCAAGAUAAAUUAUUUGAAGAACUUCAUCUAUCAAAACAUUCACUUCAAUCAAUGUAUAAUGAUGGUCUUUUUUAUAUUCAUGAUCUUAUAUUCAUUUUCUUAAAAAAUAUGUCAGAAUUUGAUCAAAUCCUCAUAACACGUUAUCACUUAUCAAAAGAACAAGCUAAUCUAUUUGUACAAGUUAUGAAUAAAUGGUGGGAAAAAUAUCAAAUGGAAUUUAUUGAAAUAGAUAAAGAAUUAUUAUAUAACAAUAUUAUUAAAUAA